AUGCCUCGUGGAACGCUUGAAGUUAUUCUUGUUAGCGCAAAAGGGCUUCAUGAUAGUGAUUUUUUCAAGAAAAUGGAUCCUUAUGUGAUCCUCACUUAUAGGGCACAAGAACACAGAAGCAGUGUUGCUCAAGGUGCAGGAUCUAAUCCCAGUUGGAAUGAAAGCUUCCUUUUUACAGUUUCUGACAAUGUUUCUGAGCUUAAUUUGAGGCUAAUGGACAAAGAUACGUUUACCAAGGAUGAUUUCCUUGGUGAGGCAAAAAUUAAUUUGGAACCAGUGUUUGCUGAGGGUAGCAUUCCACAAACUGUUUACAAUGUUGUGAGGAAUCAGAAAUACAGUGGAGAAGUUAAGUUGGCUCUCACUUUUCAUCCUGAGUGGCAGUGAACUCAGCAAGGGUGAAGAGGAAAGCAAAAUUAGUGGAUGGAGAUAAUCAGUCAUAGAUUACUAGGGGAUCUAUGUGGAUGAAAGGAAUCUGAUAGUUACUAGUAG